AGUUUUGGUUAAAGUCCUUCUAUUCGCCUAGUUCUGAUUUUGUAAUCUGUCAAGUCUUUCUUCUGGCAUCGAUGAUCAGCUACUCUGUGGGAAUAUUAAUUUGGUAAAGAGAACGAUUAAAGGCAAUCUAUCAAUCUCAACUCUCCAAUCACGAUGUUGAUUCGCGCCUUUGGUGUAGCUCUAGGGGCAACUCUUCUUUCUAAUGUUAUUGGAGCUCCAGCUGAGUUCACCAACUUCAAACGCCAAGACGGUAAUCCGUUGAAGUUCGACUAUAACAACAAAGUUCAAGGUGUUAACCUUGGUGGUUGGCUUGUACUUGAACCUUGGAUUACUCCAUCCAUUUUUGAGGAGUGGGCAGAUAACCAAAUCGUGAAAGACGAAUACACUUUCAGUCAAGCUCUGGGUAAAGAUGAAACCUUCCGUCGAUUGAACGAUCAUUGGAAUUCGUGGAUUACCGAAGAUGACUUUCAGCAAAUCGCUGCGGCUGGGUUAAAUCAUGUCCGAAUUCCGAUCGGAUAUUGGAGCGUCAUCUCUCGUGAUGGCGACCCUUAUGUCCAAGGGGCAUAUGAAUUCUUGGGUCGUGCUCUCGACUGGGCACAAGGUGCCAGUCUUAUGGUCAUCAUCGACCUCCAUGGAGCUCCGGGCUCACAAAAUGGCUUUGACAAUUCCGGACAAAUUGGGUCUGUCGAUUGGACUCAAGGAGAUACUGUCAAACAGACUUUGAAUGCUAUAGCGAAAAUUCGCGAUGAUCAUGCCGACCAUCCAGCCGUUGGUGGAAUUGAAUUACUCAAUGAGCCUCUUGGACCCGUCUUGAAUAUGGACGUUGUCAAACAGUUCUAUAUGGAUGGUUGGGGUCAGCUCAAAGGCUCACAUGUGGUUGUACCAUUCUCCGAUGCUUUCAUGGGAGUUGAUAAUUGGAAUGAUUGGGGUGACGGUAUGUGGUCCCUGAUGGUUGAUACUCACCACUAUGAGAUCUUCGAUGGACAGAUUGCCUUGUCUCCUGAUGAGCAUGUCCAGUCCGCUUGUGGGUUCGGAAAUCAAAUGGCUUCGAACAAUAAAUGGACAAUUUCUGGUGAAUGGACGGGAGCCAUGACCGACUGUGCGAAAUGGUUAAAUGGUCUUGGGAGAGGAGCAAGAUAUGAUGGUACCUUGGAGGGUGGCUCGUCAUACGGCAGUUGUGAUGGGAAGUAUGUUGGGAGUGUCGCUAGUUUGAGUGAAGCGGAUCGAUCGAAUAUCCGGAGAUAUAUCGAAGCACAAUUGGAUGCUUUCGAGAAAGCUUCGGGUUGGAUCUUCUGGACCUGGAAAACCGAGGGUGCACCGGAAUGGGAUAUGCAAGACUUACUUGCUGGCGGACUUUUCCCACAGCCCCUUUCCGAUCGUCAACACCCAGGACAGUGCGGUUAGACAAGACUCCCUGAUGUUGGGAAGGCCUGCUUGGUUAGACAUGUCAUUAUUUACGAAAUAUAAAACCACAAUCGUUUCCGCUAUCUAGUC